ACUGGCUGCAAAAAGUGCUGAGUAUAACUUGUUGGAUGUGUGUGUAGUUCAUAAAGUUGAACAGCAGCUCGCGUCGAUUCAAUCCUGAUGGACACAGAGGACACACACACCAACAUCUUAAAGGCUGAGGAGCCCAGAGUGAAGCGAAGCUAUGACCAAAUGGUGUUCGUCAACAGAAGUCUGACCCUGGAAAACAUCAAAUGCUAUGGAUUCGACAUGGACUACACGAUGGCGAUGUAUAAGUCUCCUGACUACGAGUGUCUGGGCUUUGAGCUGAUAAGAGACAGAAUGGUGUCUAUUGGAUACCCUCAUGAGCUCCUACGUUACACGUAUGACCCCAGCUUCCCCACACGCGGUUUAGUUAUCGACACCACAUAUGGAAACCUCCUGAAGGUGGAUUCAAAUGGAAAUAUUUUAGUCUGCAGCCAUGGCUUUUUCUUCCUCAAAGGGGAAGACAUCCACAAAUAUUACCCCAACAAGUUCAUUCAAAGAGGCGACACAGACCGUUUCUACAUCCUCAACACUCUCUUCAAUCUUUCAGAGACUUAUCUCUACACCUGCCUUGUAGACUUCUUCACCAGAAACACCAGAUACACAAACCUCCUGAAAGGUUGGCAGCACGGUGACUUGUUUAUGUCCUACAGAAGCAUGUUCCAGGAUGUUCGGGACGCAAUGGACUUCAUUCAUGAUACGGGAGCCCUUAAGGAACGCACUAUCAAGAAUUUGGAGAAAUACGUCAUCAAAGAUCCAAAUCUCCCCGUCCUCUUGAACCGGAUUAAAACAGUGGCCAAAGUUUUCCUCGCCACCAACAGUGACUACAGCUACACUGAGGUCAUUAUGAAAUACUUGCUUGAAAGUAGCAGUAAGUCUGGAAAUCCCAAAGACUCCUGGCGCUCCUUCUUCGACCUCAUCGUGGUGGACACCAGAAAACCGUUGUUUUUUGCAGAGGGGACGGUGCUGAGACAAGUGGACACGGACACGGGAAAGCUUCGGAUUGGGACGUACACAGGCGCCCUCCAACAUGGAACUGUUUACUCCGGAGGAUCUUCAGACAUCAUCAGUGAUUUGCUGGAUGUUAAAGAUAAAGACAUCCUCUACGUUGGCGACCACAUCUUUGGUGACAUCCUCAAAUCAAAAAAACAUCAGGGCUGGAAGACUUUUCUGGUCGUACCGGAGCUCAACAAGGAGCUGCAAGUAUGGGAGCAGAAGAAAAAUAUGUUCGAGGAGCUGAAACGUCUCGACAUCUUCUUAGCUGAACGUUACAAGCAUCUGGACGCCGACAGUAAAAAGUGUCCUGAAAUCAGUACCAUCCAGGCGAGAAUGAAGGCGCUGACCUACAGAAUGGACAUGUCCUACGGCAAGAUGGGCAGCCUCCUGCGCAGCGGCUCCAGACAGACGCUUUUUGCCAGCCAGCUGAUGCGUUAUGCAGAUCUGUAUUCCUCCACCUGCCUCAACCUGCUGCACUACCCCUUCAAUUUCCUCUUCAUGGCACCCCCCGUCCUGAUGCCUCACGAAGCAGUGUCUCAAGUCUCGUCUGACUUUGUUUCAACAGAGCUCACUGUUACCAACAACUAUAUGAUGUGCUGAGGACAGCUGUUUCAGAAGAAAAUGCUGCAGAGGAACUUUCUCGUGUGCUUCGGCUGUCAGGGACACUGAUGAAGAGGAUUGUUUGC